AUGAAAGUCGUGGUCGCCCUCUACGUCUUUUGCAAGUCAUGGCCUGGCGGGCCAAAGAGGUUGCUGCAGGCCGCAAUCUUGUUGUUCGUCGUCGGGAUUUUUAGAUCCAUCCAGAAGCCAUUAGCUAUGAAGAACGCCAGUAUCAGUAACAUAGUGGCUUCUUUGUCACUAUCCCGGAGUGAGCAGAACGAACUCGCGUUGUUCUGCGGAACAAUAUGCUAUUGCUCAAUGGGCCCGCGGAAGUUAUACAUAACUAAAGAAGGAGAAAGAGCCGAACAGAAGGACAUCUCGCUUGAAGAAUUUGUACAAAAAGCAACCAGUUUGCCAGAGUUGGCCAGUGAUCAAGGCAAAGCUGAAGGCAUGGCAUUACGUGAUUCAUGGGAGGUAAAUGUGUACCGGCCGCUGGUAGACAUAUCAGCUCUAUACUCUGACCGGAUAAAAAACCUACAGCUCUUUAUGGCCCUUGAUUACCAACAUGCCAAUAGUAUGUCGAGAGAACAGCUUACCAAGUUGUUUUCGUUCCUCUACACAAAACUAGCUAACAUAGUCUGUUGCUUCUUCUGCUGUCAUUUUUGGCUUCCAUUCUUGAUCUUAGCUUCUGUCAUCCUCUUCUCCACAUACCACAAAUAUUAUGACUACAACGCAACAGAUGUCAAGGUAACUCACAUCUUGUUCUGGUCGACCGCGUUGCUGGAUUUUCUAUUCCUCUUUGUCAGCGUUUCCAUCAUGGAGACAGAAACAGAUAUGGUUUCGCAACAUAACCUCUUGUCGUUCUAUGCUCGUAAGAAGCGACCCACUCUUCUUAUGAAGCUUGCCACACUUGCAUGCUGCAAAGGCUAUGUUAACAUGCAUUGUUAUAUAGAACAUGCACCAGCAACAUCCUCACUCCAAGUUGUGGAGUUGGUUCAUGGAUAUGUUAUGGAUGGUUGGAGAAGGUACAUCAAAGAUGCUGCUAGCUACAAGAGAUUCAACCUCCACAGGGGGCAGUGGGCUCUAAGGCGUCAACGUCAUCUUGGCUGGAGCUUGAAUAUGUCAUUUGAUAGAAGUGUCCUUCUCUGGCACAUCGCCACAGACAUCUGCUUUCACCACCAGAGCACAACCCCUCGCGGCCAAGAGUGCGCCGCUCGAAGCAGGGUUAUAUCCAACUACAUGGCGUACCUGCUCUCCAUUUGUUCAGAAAUGCUUAUACCCGGGUCCAGGAUCGGCAUCUUCACCAUUGCAUGUGAAGAUAUCGAGCGCAUGCUAGGUGACAAUUCUGCACUGCACGACGAAAAAGGACUUGCGCAAGGAAUUAUUUGCAGGGCGCAACAACCUCCCUUGGUUGAUAACACCAGCAUAACAGGAACAGCAUGCAGGCUUGCUAAAAUGUUGAUGGAGCUAGAAGAUGAAGUGGAGAGGUGGGAGAUGGUCCAGGGGGUAUGGGUGGAGAUGUUGUGCUACUCUGCCAGCAGGUGCAGAGCAUACUUGCACGCCAAGAACAUGAGUGAAGUUACAGAGCUUCUCACUCGUGUAUGGUUCCUCUUAAUAUCCAUGGGGAUGGAGACAUUGCCUGAUAGGUUUCAGAAGUCGGAGUAUCUUGAAAUCAAAGAAGAAAAAGCUGAAGAAAACAAUGACGAUGGUGAAGACAUAGUCAUCGAGCACAAGAUUAAUAUGCCCAUCUAA